CGUCCGGUCACCCGUCGUCUCGUCUCUAGUCUCUCGUCUCUCGUUUUACAGUCCGCUGUAUAACGCAUCCGACAAAGACGUGCACGGUAACACGCUGAUCGCUACGCAGCCACCGACGGGCCGAUCGUCGACACCACCGCGAGCCAGACCGGCGCAGCCACCGCCCACCGCGCAUCACGGCGGCGAACGUACGGGCGAACCGCGGCCGCGGUGGUGGCUGCUCCAUCGCGAUGCCAUCGCUGCGGCCGGCUGCACUGUUGGCGAUGCUGGUGCUACUGACCGCCACUCGCGAUGCACUUGCAGCGCCUGACAUCACCAUGUCCAUACACAGUGACAUAGCUGGUAGUGGAACACCAAGCUCUUUCACGGUCAAUCAGGUCUAUACUUUAAUAUCCAAUAUCGAAUUCAGACUGAGAGAUUUGUCAAAUACGUUAAGACGGGACCAACAUACGGAAAGAAUAAAUUCCAGGAUAGACGUGAUGUUCAACAAGCUCAGUCAUAUAGAAGUAUCCAACGAAAUGUGGUUCGAUAAAUUUCAACAGACGGUAAUGGAGGAAUGUGGUCCGAACCACAUGACCAGACGUCUGGACAAGGCUCAGCAACAACUAGAGAUAACAUUAGAACACAUGGAGACCAAUCUACAGACCGUACAAAAUCAUCAGAAAGAACUGGAGAAAGAAAUCAAAAAAGUGGCCGACAGGCAGACAGAAAUGGCCACGGACAUUCAGACCAUGCGAAAAGACAUGAGUUCUGAGUUUGAGAAUCACAAUUCCAAUCAGAUUACUUUCAAGAAACAGUUACAAGACACUGUUGCAAAUUUAUCUCAACAAUCCAAAAUCACAGACAGAUCAAUGAGUACCUGUCCGUGUAAUCAAGACAGCGAUUUCAGUCAAAUUCCGGAAUCAACAACUAUUAACCGACUGUCCACAACGAUAAGUAAUAUGUACAAUGUGCUCAAAGAUCGUUCAGAUCACAUAAGCAUAGAACUCAAGGAAUUGGUGGAGAAUACUGACAAGUAUCGGCGGAGAUUGGACUCUGAUAGACGUGGCGUGAUAAACGAGUUUUUGGACAGCUUCUUGGAAGCGGCUAUCGAAAAGAUAACAGCGAUUCAGAAAAAAUCAGAAGACGAACUUGAAGCCAAGUUCAAAGAGCACUUGCAAUUACUCGUAGAUGGACAAAACUUGUUCAUGGACAAUUGUCACCGGUUGCAAUCAAAUGAACGACAAAUCGAGAAUGAUAUGGUCGAUAUAUUGGAAAGGAUAUUAGACCGAAUUGAUAACAAGAGUAAGUCCGAGAGCACGACUCUGGAACAAUUACCGAAAACCUUAAAAACCCAAAGCAGUCUGGAGGAGAAAAUGUUCGCGGAGCUUUCAGAACUCGUCAAGACUCAGUCUGACCAGGUGACCAGAACGGUAGCCUACUCCACCAACCAAGUGUUAAAGUUACACCAAGACGUAACGAACAUUUCUAAUGCGCUGAUGGCCAUCAACAAUGGUAAACUCUGUAAUUUCACCAUGUCAACGACGGACAUCAAUGACAGACUACCCUUGCACAACAUCAACAACAGCCACAGCAACAACUCAUUGCAUUUCAAAAACAAGUCCAUCAUCGAAAAACCUACAUCGGUGAUGCCAAACAAGAACCGUUCUCCACAUGAUUAGAAUAAAACAAACCAUGUAAAUAGUCCUAUAUAAUAUGAACUUAUGUCAUUUAUUUUACCAAAUUAAUAUUAAUAUAAUAGUAUAUAAUAUACCUAUUAUUGGUACUUAAUAAAAAAAUUAAAUUAACAAAGAUAAUGUUGCAGAUCAUUCACUUUAAGUGGAUGUAUAAUGUGCCUGUAGUACUAAACAUGUCUGAAACAAUUUUAUUUUUAUCAAUCCUACAAGUUUUAUAAAUUAAAACAUCAUCAUUUAUAACCAAA